GUUUGGACUAACAUUCCGUGAAAUCUGCAAAUCCUACAGCAGAAAAAUCGAGGGAAUUGGAGAUGAAGAUUCCCAACUUCAAUUCCAUCAAAAAUAGGCGUUUUUUCUCAAUUCCUUCCGAGCGGGAGAUUGGUUUUUCCAUCGCGCCAAAACCCAUCACUUAUUCCUUAUCAGUUCAUUAAAGCUGCAACCACAACAAUCUGUUCCAACGUUGAACCUUAAAUCUUGCUCUCUUCAAUUCUGUGAAUAUCACAGGGUAAAUUAAUUCCCAGUGUUUCUUUAUCUACUCAGAGACUCUAAUCUGCAGUUUCUACUUGAGAGGUAGAAGAAAUGAGUAAUCUUGGAGGAAAUGAGAUCAAAGAUCGAAAACUACCCAAUGUCAAGAGUGACGGAAAUGACAAAGGAAAGACUGAAGGCAAGAACUAUUUGCAGUGGAAUUUAGCUAUGGAGCGUGAUUUGGCUGAAGUACUUUGUGAGGAGCGCAGUUUGGGACAUAAAGGAGAUAACGGUUGGAAAGGUGUAGAUUAUACUACAGCUGCUAAUACUUUAUCUGCACAAUUUGCAAUUCAAAUAACUGCAGAUAAUAUAAAAAAUCGGGUCAAGUCGUGGAAAAAGUAUUAUGGAGUCGUGAGUGAUAUCUUGAGCCAAAGUGGAUUUAGUUGGGACUCCUCGACACAAAUGAUAAACGUUGAUGAAAAUAGUGUAUGGGAAGAAUAUAUAAAGUCCCAUAACGAUGCUGUAAGCUUUUGAUAUAAGAGAAUCUCAAAUUGGGAUGAUAUAGUUGAUCUGUGUGGCAAAAAUAGAGCCACUGGAGAGGACGCUGAAACUGGUUUUGAAGCCACUGAGGUAAUGACUCCUCCUGCUAGUGAGCAUAAUCAUGUCGAUUUGGAAAAUGAUGACCAAAUUUUUGGAGAUAUUCACAUUAUUGAAGACAAUUCACCCGACCAAGCAAUUGCAAAGAAAAAGAGAAAUGAAACAACACCUUCUUCUAGCGUCCCUCCUCAAAAGAAAAGAGUUACAACUAAAGAUGUUUUGGGUACUUCGGUGGAUAGAAUGGCUUCGUCAUUUGAAGAACUUAUUCCUGCAACUACUAAAAGUCUUGCCC